CAAUAGAUAUGGAAUACAUACAUGAGCAAGCUAACGGACCUCACUAAACAGACACAUACAUUUGGUGACACUAAACUAAAAAAUUUGAUUCGAACAUUGAUAUUUCUCGUCGCUCUUACUAACGAUGCAUUGGGCAACGCCAAUACAGGGACGCUGGAUGACCUCAAUAAAAAGCUUUGGGCAUUAGAGAAAUCGUACAGCACUCGGAUUUCCCACCUGGAAGAAAAAUUAGCAACAAAGGUGAACGAUGUACUGAAACUGGAAGAUACUGUUCGAAGGCUAGAAGAAACACUAGAGGCUAUGGUAACAAGGAUUGAACCCCCUGGGUCCAGAAUACACACAAUCAAAAAGAGACAAAAAGACGUCAUACCUGCGUUCUCCGUGUACCUUGCUCACAACAGUCUUUUGGACGCAGGACAGAUUAUUAUGUUUGACCAGGUAACUACCAAUGAAGCAAACGGGUACAGCGUUCAAACGGGAAUUUUCACCUGCCCUAUGGCGGGCCUCUACCUGUUUUCAUUCCAGGUCAUGGUCUCGGGUGAGGCGGAACACGCUGAGAUGGGUGCCUGGGUGGACCUGAUGGUAAACGCCCAGAACACUGAAGACGGCGCGGUGGAUGCGUUUCACCUUCACCAGGAGCUAUAGGGCGGAAAUACUGUGGUUGUGCGGCUGAAUUCUGGGGACGAGGUGUGGCUGGCAAACCGAGCCGCGAGCAAUCAAGUGGACGGAUCAUCCUGGUUGCACACGACGAGCUUCACCGGGGUCUUUCUUCACGAGUAAUCGGGAUUUGUUUAUAUAAUACGGUCAAACCCCGCCGCGCACCGAUCGGCGUUAAACGCUUAAAUGUUACAGUGUUUGACAUACAUGUUUAUAUACAUAUGUUAUUCGAAUUUCUCUUUCCCGCUACAUCUUUGUGAUAAUAAAUCAUUAAACUGUUAGGCAACA